AUGGCUCUGAGAUAUUCGUCGCUCGUUUUGGUGGCCAUUGCCGCCCUCAUGCAGCCGGCCAUGGGCUCACCCGCCUGCCCGGCCCGAUCUUCCACAACGCCGGCCCCAUCCGGGCCCUCGACGCUGCCGGCCUCAUGCACGUACCGGCCGCAGGCAACGACAUACACCAACGACGGGUGCGACUUCAAGUGCCCGCCGCAGUCGGCGUGGUGCAUCGCGGACGCUUUCGUCGUGCUGCCGUGCGGGUGUGACCGGGCGGCCGUUGCCCCAACCACCGUCAGCCGCUGCCCUACGGCAAGCGGCAACUGCUUCCAGUGCUCGACCGGCUGGGGCAUUGCGACCGUCACCGACUCCAACUGCCCACCGUCUGCGACUGCGACGGCGACUGCGGCUUAG